GCUCCAUUGAGAAUUCCCAAUUCUUCGCUGAAUUUGCAUUUUGUGAUAUUUUUUUCGAUCUUUUGCAAUGCCAAAGGAUUUCAAUUCUCUAAGAAACAACCACCCGAAUUUUCCCUGGCCUUCAGAAUUUGAACACUUGGCUCCAGGAACAUCCGAUUGCAAUUCCGAGCCGACAACGACCGAUACAGUUUGCGAAUUUCUUGUAUCUCAGGGGAUACCAUUCGAAAGUGUUCGAGAUUCUUCGUUGAAAAAACUGAUCAAACAUUUAAACCCGAAUUGUGAGGUUCCGACGGAAGAGGAGCUUAAAUGCAGUAUCAAUAAAAUACCAAUUCCAAAAAUUGUCAAUUCGCGGAGAGCUGGGCCUAUUAGCGUAACGUUGGAUGUUGUGAGAGCAAAGGUGUCAGCAGAAGAACCAGUAAAAAAACAUUAUAUUGCGUUUUCUGUUCAUCAUUUCGAGAAUUUAAUCCAGCGAAGAGACACUAUUUUCUUCAAAAAAGUUAAUGAAGCAGAAAUCUCGGUGACCAUGAUUAUAGCUCAUAUCCAGAAUGCGUCGAGAAACUUCAAGUAUCGAGAUUUUACGAUCACUAACAUGGUUUCGCCGGAUCGUUACAUUUUUGAUUUUCUUGCGGAACGGACAUCCCAAAAGUUGAAUCACUAUACGUGCACAUACAAUCGGAUCAGUGAAUUUGCGAACUCUGUGAUCAAUAGCCCUGCAGUUCGGACUGGAUUGAACUCCCUUCGUAUAUUUAUCGUUAGCUUGAAAACUGGUCCGACUUAUAAGUUGUUUGCAAAAACCCUGGAUGCCGAAAAAAUUAACAAUUUAAAACUUCCAACCGAGGACGGAAGCUGGGUUUCCACGUACGCUUUUUUGUCAAGAUGUGUGGAAUUGCACACUACAUUGAUCGAUUAUUGUUCUACUAUGAGUGGCGGAAGGAAGAGAACCCAGCACAUUUCAAAUUCAGACUUCGACAAUUUGCAACUUGCUGAUCAAAUUCUCAGAGCAUGUGUUCAAAUCGUUCACGAGCUCAGUGCUCCAAAUAACUCUAUUUCUCAAGUGAUCCCAGCUAUCAGGAAGAUUCGUCACGUUAUUCUCUCGGAUACUACAAAGUGCUCUGGGGAGGGUCGUUUACGCAAAAACUUUACGGAUACAUUCAAAAAAGUCACUCAAGGAUCCGCCAGCACGCGAUAUCAUUUGGCGACAUUUCUGGAUCCUAGAUUUGCGUAUCAAGAGGAUAUUUAUCCGAUGGAAACAUGGCUGGAAAUAGAGAAGGAACUAGAGGAACAAUUUUUGAUUAGGCUACAGACACCGUGCGAUUUCGUUCAAAUCGUUGAAGAUUUACCAAAAGAAUAUUAUAAGCGAGUUCAAAUUCUGCAACGAGAAAUUGAAGUCUACAAAAAACUUAUACAGAAUCAGAGGGCGCGGGAUCCUUUCGAAUUCUGGAGAAUCCAUCAAGACGAUAGUAUCAUCUACUUGUCUCAGCUUGCGAAGGAAUUUUUGGCUUGCCCCGCUGUUUCGCUCGAUGCCUUCCAGUUUUUUGGAGAAGACGGAAAGUAUAAUCGAAUGUGCAGUAGAUAUACAAAUGAUCAACACCUGUCUGCCUACUUGGACGUGGCGAGCUCUUUUCAAGAAUAUAGACCGCAUGGAUUUCAUAUUGUAGAGCAGAAACAGUCGGAGCUAGCAGAAGCAGAGUUGCGUGAUCGAAGCAGAGCAAUUUCUUCUAAAAAUGUACUUCGAGAUUGCCUACCAGGCACAAGCUCAUCGAACCUUCCCGUUGCUGAAAACUUACUCGGAACUUUUUCGGCGACGUUCGAUUGUGUACAGGAAGUGAAACAAGAAGCCACAGAAGAAGAACCUUCCGACGCAGGUGUUAAACAUUUGAUGGAAUCUUUAGUUUCGGGAAUACCACUAGGGAUACAGGAACCCUCUGAAUGUGUGUUGGAAGAGGAAAAACCGAGAGACAUCUUUAUUGGAACAGAUACCGAAGUCAAGAAAGAACCAAUUGAUCCGGAGUACCAUGAAGAAGCUGAGCAGAUGGAUGAACUUGAAGUGAAGAAGGAGUUGGAUGAAUAUGAAGAACAAGCGGUACCAUCAACAAGUGAGAGUGCGACUCCAACAGCGCCAACGAGAGACAAUAUAAUGGCAAAUAUCACAAUACCAAGAACAAGGCGUGUGAGAUGUUGUAUCCAAUGUGGUAACCGCCGUCCCGAUGUCAUAAGAAAAAUCGUAUCGACGGACUACGAACGCUUGCUUCUUCUUCUCUCUGCAUUUCGUAAUAGAUUGAUAACGUUGGACAAUGCUAAAACUCGAAAUACUAUUCCAACAGCGUCAUAUUGUAUUUCACAUCUUACGGAUGCAUGUGAUGAGAUCUUCUCGAUCUUCAGAGUUAGACAACCCGAAGACAUUCUAGACGUAAAGGAGAUCGAUACGAGAGUGCUGGGAACUGCGAUCACCAUUGCAGGCGACAAGAGAUUGCACUUUUGCCAAUUCCAAGAAUAUUGCCGCAAGUUUACCAUCAAAAAUUGCCAAAAAUCUUGCUCAAUUUGUCAAAAAAUCGAUUAUCGCAAAGACAUGGCCAACAUCCAGAAACACGCGGGGAGAUUGGCAAAUUGCAUGAAAUCUGGGACUUUGGAGGCACCGGCCACGUGGAAAUAUAUGGAGUUGAACGGAUCUAAUCUGAUAGUAGCUCUAGAAGCAGACACUGAAGGUUACAUUUGUUUUGAUCAUUUUCCGACAUUGAAAUAAUCGCGAAUUGCAAUAAAUCGUUUAAUUUAUAAUAAUAAAUCACAGAAAC